AAGUAGACGGCGAGCAAUCUUUGGUACCUGAUUGGUCACUACACUGACAAUACUUCCUGAAACAAUCCAUGUUGCAACAGCAAGUAUACGUUUCAGUAGUUUAGGGUUCAAAUCAACGAAAUAAAUCACAAUGGAUGAUCGUGAGCUUGAUCUCACCGAGUCACAGAAAGAUACCAAGUCGAAAUACCCGGCGAUCAACAAGAAGUAUGAAUAUUUGGACCACACUGCUGAUGUACAGCUCCACUCUUGGGGAGACUCUCUGGAGGAGGCCUUUGAGCAGUGUGCCAUGGCAAUGUUUGGGUAUAUGACAGAUACAGAGACAGUGGAGCCCAUUGACACAGUAGAAGUGGAGUCAGAAGGUGAUGACAUGGAAUCUCUUCUCUUCCACUUCCUAGAUGACUGGUUAUUCAAAUUCAGUGCAGAUCUUUUCUUCAUUCCUAGAGAGGUUAAAGUUUUGCACAUUGACAGGAUGCACUUCAAAAUCCGCUCCAUUGGGUGGGGAGAAGAGUUCAACUUGGUCAAGCAUCCACAGGGGACAGAAGUGAAGGCCAUCACUUACUCAGCCAUGCAGAUCCAUGACAUCGACAAGCCCGAGAUCUUUGCCAUCAUUGACAUCUGAGGAUACUACUACUGAGAAACUGUCUCAGAAGGGAACAGGACAAUAGAAACAAACCUAUAUGUGCCUGUGUGAUUGGACAAUUGAUUUAGGGCAACAGCAUAGGCUUUAGAACUGGAUGAGUGAAGUGUAAUAUUUCCCUGAAUUUGAAUUGUUUACAGACAGAUAUCCAGAGAGCAGCAAACAUCAGCAGCUGCAGAGUAACUGCUUAAGAUACACUACAUGACCAAAAGUAUGUGGACACCUGCCCGUCAAACAUCUCAUUCUAAAAAUAACGGGCAUUAAUAUGGAGUUGGUCCCCCCUUUGUUGCUAUAACAGCCUCCACUCUUCUGGGAAGGUGGCAUAAUCCCUGAGCCAACUAGAUGAAAAUAAUGUUGAUGUGCCCUUGAGCAAGGCACUUAACCCUAGUUGCCCCUGUCAGUCGCUCUGGAUAAAGUGUCUGCUAAAUGACAAACAUUUAAAGGCUUUCCACUAGAUGUUGGGACAUUGCUUCGGGUA